AUGGAGUUUAUCAAAUGGCAGUCCAUCACCAUCACGCUGGUGGAGAAGGUGCAGAUCAUCGCAGUCUUCCUGGGCUCUCUCUUCCUGGUGGCCAGCAUCUCCUGGCUGCUGUGGUCGGCUUUCAGCCCGCAGGCCAUCUGGCAGCGCCGCGACGUCCUCUUCCAGAUUUGUUACGGCAUGUACGGCUUCAUGGACCUGGUCUGCGUGGGACUGAUUGUCCACGAGGGAGCAGCCGUGUACAACGUCUUCAUGCGCUGGCGGGCCGUGAAUCUGCACUGGGACGUUCAGAGUUAUGACAAGGCCAAGGACAUGGAGGAGACGAGCACUGGCCGCUCCUCUUUGGGCCCCAGGACGCUCUGGUUGCCUCUGGCCACCUUUGGGCCCAGCGGCCCCCUGCACCCCACCCAGCUCGGGCCCCAGCCGUGGACCUGCCUCUGUCUGGCACCGCUCUGCCCCGGGCUGGUGCCCCGAAACAGCCUCAGCCAGGACGCCGACUCAGGAGAGGUUGUGAUUCGUGUAACGUCAGUGUGA